AUGUGGGAUCCAUUUGCAUUAUUAUUUGCUUUAUUGUUUGGAUUUUUGAUUUUAAUGUGCAAGGUUUUUGGGAUGUGGAUUUUUAAAGAGAAGCCAAAGUCAGGGUUGCCUGAUGGAAGCAUGUGGCAUUUCCCUUUAAUUGGUGAAACUCUUGGCUUUCUAAAAUCUCAUAAAUCAAACUCUCUUGGCUUCUUCUUGCAAGAUCAUUGCUCUAGCUAUGGCAAUGUCUUCCGGUCCCACCUAUUCGGAAGCCCCACGGUGGUGUCGUGUGACCUCGAGCUAUACGCGUUUAUUCUCCAAAACGAAGAAACGCUAUUCGGAAGCAGCUACCCCAAGCCGGUCCACGACAUCCUUGGCAAGUUGUCGAUGAUGCUUGUCUCGGGCAGCCUCCACAAGAAGCUGAGGAACGUCUCGCUUAGCUUCAUCAACGCCUCUAAGUCGAGCCCCGAGUUUUUAUCCUAUGUCGAUUCAUUCUCCCUCUCCUUAAUACAUUCUUGGACAUCCCUUUCCACCCCACUCCACUUCUUCAAAGAAGCCAAGAAGCUGACUUUUUAUCUUAUGUUAAAAAAUCUAUUGAGUAUUGAGCCUGAUGACCCUAUAGCUGAAAAUAUACUUGAAGAAUUCUUGACUUUCAUGAAAGGCUUUGUUUCUCUGCCUGUUUAUUUUCCCGGGACUGCUUAUUCAAAGGCUCUCAAGGCAAGGAGGAGGAUCACAUCAAUUUUGAAAGAUGCAACAAAAAAGAGGGAAAAAAUGAUGAAAAAUGCGAGAGGGGAUUUCCUAGAUGAAGUAGUGCAAAGGGAUAAUUUAAAUGAUGAAGAAACAGUGAGCGUUUUGAUGGACCUUCUGUUUGCUGGCUAUGAAACAACCUCAGGCCUUAUGGCCCUCGUUGUCUACUUUCUAGCUAAGGCCCCAUCUGCCCUUCAAAAGCUCCGGGAAGAACAUCAAUCCUUGAGGAAGGAUGGAGAGUCUUUGAAUUGGGAAGACUACAAAAAGAUGGAGUUUACUUCUCAUGUGAUAAAUGAGGCUCUGCGUUGUGGAAAUCUAGUGAAGUUUGUGCAUAGGAAAGCUCUCAAGGAUGUCAAAUUCAAAGAAUAUACAAUUCCAGCAGGGUGGCAAGUCCUCCCAAUUAUGUUAGCUACACAUCUUGAUCCCAAACUCCAUCAAAGCCCAUUGGAGUUUAACCCUUGGAGAUGGACAGACCCUACAACCAACAGAAAAGUGACCCCUUUUGGUGGUGGAGUCAGGAUCUGCCCUGGGGCAGAACUUGGUAAAUUGGAGACUGCAUUUUUCCUUCACCAUUUUAUUCUUAAUUUCAGGUGGAAAAUCAAUGAAGAAGAUGCACCUAUGUCAUGCCCUUACUUGGAUUUCAAAGGAGGCUUGCUUCUAGAAUUGGAGCAAAUCAAGUAA